AUGGCUGAUACCUUGGCUCUACCUGUUGAACCUCAAGUUAAAAUGGGUCUUGAAAGAUCUGAUACAGACAGCUACGAGGAUGAGAGGAAGAAAAAGCUUGGAUCUUUUAAGAAAAUGGAAGUGAGUGCCUCAAGCAAGAUCAGAAAUUCUCUUAAAAAGAAAAGUAGGAGAGAUAGUAGAGUUAUAUCGGCCGCAAGUAUAGACGACAACUUCAACCCUGAAGAGCUACAGGCGGUCAACGAGUUCCGUCAAGCACUCAUCUUAGAUGAACUACUGCCUGCUAAACAUGAUGAUCAUCAUAUGAUGCUAAGGUUUCUGAGGGCAAGGAAAUUCGAACUCGAUAAAGCGAAGCAAAUGUGGGCUGAUAUGCUCCAAUGGAGGAAGGAUUUUGGGGCUGACACAAUCAUGGAGGACUUUGAUUUCAAGGAAUACAAUGAAGUGAUUAAGUAUUACCCUCAAGGAUACCAUGGAGUUGAUAAGGAUGGGCGACCUGUUUAUAUCGAAAGGCUCGGUCAAGUCGAUGCUAACAAGCUGACUCAAGUCACAACGAUGGAUCGAUAUCUGAAGUACCAUGUAAAGGAGUUUGAGAAGACCUUUGCUGUUAAGUUCCCUGCUGCUUCCCUUGCUGCAAGAAGGCAAAUUAAUCAAACCACAACCAUAUUGGAUGUUGAAGGAGUGGGUCUUAAAAGCUUCAACAAGGCUGCAAGGGAGCUACUUCAGCGCCUUCAGAAGAUCGACAGUGACAAUUAUCCCGAGACUUUGAACCGAAUGUUUAUCAUCAAUGCCGGCUCUGGAUUCAGGUUCUUAUGGAGCACGGUUAAAUCGUUCCUCGACCCAAAGACCACUGCAAAGAUCCAUGUUUUAGGUAACAAAUACCAGAGCAAGUUGCUGGAAGUAAUCGAUGCUAAUGAACUGCCAGAGUUUUUAGGCGGUAGCUGUGACUGCACGGACAAAGGCGGUUGCAUGGUUUCGGACAAGGGUCCAUGGAAUGAUCCAGCAAUAUUAAAGGUAGUACAAAACGAUGAGUUCAAGUACACGAGGAAUACGUCGGGCAUCAAGAACAUAGCAUGCCGAGACAUGAAGAUGGACUGUUCCACCGAAACAGCUACAGGCACUGCUGAAUGGCAUGAAGAGAAAACACCACUAUCUCCUCUUUUUGAAUCUCCCAUCAAGAAAAAGUGCCUUGAUUCCUUUGCCUAUGACAAAUGCAUUCCAAUUGUCGACAAGGGUAACGAUUCUUCUUGGCCUAAAUCCGUGGAAGACGAAAAACAUGCCAUUUCCAAAGAUUGUUCCCAAGUGAAGGAUGAUGGGAAAGGAAUGAGCACCAGCUUCUUCAGAGGAAUAAUGACAUUCAUUACGGCUAUUGUAGCCAUGAUUCACUUGUCUCGCAACAUACCAAGCAAACUAAGCGAAGCUGCCAUGUACUGUGUUCGAUGUUACUACUCGAAACCGAAGAUCACAGGCCACGCAGCUGAUAAGUUGCCACCACCACCGCUACCUAUCACAAGUGACGACUACUUGGCCAUGAAGAAACGCAUGUCUAGGUUGGAAGAGAUGGUGAGUUUUCUCAUGCAGAAACAUGUAGCUAUGCCACCUGAGAAAGAGGAGAUGCUGAAUGCUGCAUUAAGCAGGGUCAGCAUCCUGGAAGAAGAGCUAUGGGCAGCUAAGAAGGCACUUCGGGAAGCCCUUGAUAAACAGGCAGAGCUUCAAACCUACAUUGACAAGAAGAAGAAGAGGAAGAAGUUUAACCCAUUCCGCUGGUGCUGAACCUUGACAUUGGGUGGCGGACAGCAGUGGUGAUAACUCAUCCCACGGAAAAAAUUGGCUUUUUUUCAUAAAUAACCCAAAAUUUUAUAUUAUUUACAAAAACAACUCACUUUGAAAAUUAUGUGCGUAAAUGAUUUGUUUUGAACAGUAAACAUCAGUGACUCCAUUGCCAUUGGUGUCACCAUCCUUGGUUUUUUUUAAAAAGAAAUAUUUACUUUGGGUGUCAUCGUUGCCAUUGAAGACACCGGACUAAAGUGUGAUUAUAUA